AAAAGCAAACUGCUGGACACAUGCUCUCUGUUCCCAGCUGGUUGUGUAUGUUUUCUUCACACUUCAACAGAAACGUGCCAAGGUGUGACAUUUAUGAAUUUCGCCAACUGGGAACUGUGCACACAAAUCGUUCUUGCUUGUGGUGUGGGAAAAUGAUGAAUGGGGGCUGUUCUGCCUGGGGAGGAGGGCUGCUGUCACUCUGGCAUGCCUACAGCCUUAUUUAUUACACACCAAAGUAUAAAACCACUCCGCCGCUGCAGCUCUCAGCUCCAGUCCUGGCAUCUGCCCGAGGAGACCACGCUCCUGGAGCUCUGCUGUCUUCUCAGGGAGACUCUGAGGCUCUGUUGAGAAUCAUGCUUUGGAGGCAGCUCGUCUAUUGGCAACUGCUGGCUUUGUUUUUCCUCCCUUUUUGCCUGUGUCAAGAUGAAUACAUGGAGGUGAGCGGAAGAACUAAUAAAGUGGUGGCAAGAAUAGUGCAAAGCCACCAGCAGACUGGCCGUAGCGGCUCCAGGAGGGAGAAAGUGAGAGAGCGGAGCCAUCCUAAAACUGGGACUGUGGAUAAUAACACUUCUACAGACCUAAAAUCCCUGAGACCAGAUGAGCUACCGCACCCCGAGGUAGAUGACCUAGCCCAGAUCACCACAUUCUGGGGCCAGUCUCCACAAACCGGAGGACUACCCCCAGACUGCAGUAAGUGUUGUCAUGGAGACUACAGCUUUCGAGGCUACCAAGGCCCCCCUGGGCCACCGGGCCCUCCUGGCAUUCCAGGAAACCAUGGAAACAAUGGCAACAAUGGAGCCACUGGUCAUGAAGGAGCCAAAGGUGAGAAGGGCGACAAAGGUGACCUGGGGCCUCGAGGGGAGCGGGGGCAGCAUGGCCCCAAAGGAGAGAAGGGCUACCCGGGGAUUCCACCAGAACUUCAGAUUGCAUUCAUGGCUUCUCUGGCAACCCACUUCAGCAAUCAGAACAGUGGGAUUAUCUUCAGCAGUGUUGAGACCAACAUUGGAAACUUCUUUGAUGUCAUGACUGGUAGAUUUGGGGCCCCAGUAUCAGGUGUGUAUUUCUUCACCUUCAGCAUGAUGAAGCAUGAGGAUGUUGAGGAAGUGUAUGUGUACCUUAUGCACAAUGGCAACACAGUCUUCAGCAUGUACAGCUAUGAAAUGAAGGGCAAAUCAGAUACAUCCAGCAAUCAUGCUGUGCUGAAGCUAGCCAAAGGGGAUGAGGUUUGGCUGCGAAUGGGCAAUGGCGCUCUCCAUGGGGACCACCAACGCUUCUCCACCUUUGCAGGAUUCCUGCUCUUUGAAACUAAGUACACCAAUAAUGUUGGACAAUUCGGGGGCUCAGAAGAAUCAACCACAAAAUAGUCUUCUCAGAUGACCUUGACUAAUAUACUCAGCAUCUUUAUCACUCUUUCCUUGGCACCUAAAAGAUAAUUCUCCUCUGACGCAGGUUGGAAAUAUUUUUUUCUAUCACAGAAGUCAUUUGCAAAGAAUUUUGACUGCUCUGCUUUUAAUUUAAUACCAGUUUUCAGGAACCCCUGAAGUUUUAAGUUCAUUAUUCUUUAUAACAUUUGAGAGAAUCGGAUGUAGUGAUAUGACAGGGCUGGGGCAAGAACAGGGGCACUAGCUGCCUCAUUAGCUAAUUUAGUGCCCUCCGUGUUCAGCUUAGCCUUUGACCCUUUCCUUUUGAUCCACAAAAUACAUUAAAACUCUGAAUUCACAUACAAUGCUAUUUUAAAGUCAAUAGAUUUUAGCUAUAAAGUGCUUGACCAGUAAUGUGGUUGUAAUUUUGUGUAUGUUCCCCCACAUCGCCCCCAACUUCGGAUGUGGGGUCAGGAGGUUGAGGUUCACUAUUAACAAAUGUCAUAAAUAUCUCAUAGAGGUACAGUGCCAAUAGAUAUUCAAAUGUUGCAUGUUGACCAGAGGGAUUUUAUAUCUGAAGAACAUACACUAUUAAUAAAUACCUUAGAGAAAAAUUUUGACCUGGCUUUAGAUAAAACUGUGGCAAGAAAAAUGUAAUGAGCAAUAUAUGGAAAUAAACACACCUUUGUUAAA